AUGGCUGGACACCAUCACGAACAUGGACAUGAACACGGGUGCGAGCAAGAGCAUGAGCACGAUUCCCUUCAACGGCCUCCUACGGGAUCAGAGAGAACUAGAAGCAUAUCCUUCUCGAAGCUGCUUACGCGGUCGUGGAAGAGGAACGCGAGUUCAUCCAACAGCAUGAGUGUGUCUAGUGUGAACCUGUACUCUGAUCCAGAUAACUCCAAAGAAUCGGAUCACAAUAAUAGUGGCUCAGAGGGUCAGUCUUCCCGAUUUUCUAAGUUGAAAAGUAUGUUUCAGUCCGGUAAUAGCAGCAAAAACGCCAGUGCCCAUAACAGCAGCCAAAGUAGUCUUGAAAAUGACUCUGGGUCAUCUUCAUCCAAAUUGAGGUACGUGAAGCCACUGGCUUCUGUAGCUAAUGCUCAUCCAGUGUCUCCACCACUUUCUCCUACGAUUCCGGAAACAGAUGUCCUUCAGACGCCGAAAAUGGUACAUAUAGAUCAACAUGAACACGAGCGUGAACAUUCGCAUUGUGGGUCCCCAAUAAUGCUUUCGUCACCUUCACUGAGUCCCACGGUUGUUAGGACUGGGACAGGUCGGAGAAGAUCUCCUUCUACUCCAAUAAUGCCCAGUCAGAACUCGAAAAAUAAUAGUGGUAGUUCUGCUGCCAGGCCAACCAACUACCGACAUCAUUCGAGUUCGCAAGGCUUUUCUUCCAACAAUCCUUUUAGAGAGAAAGCAGGUACAGUACGUAGUAGCAACCCAUAUUUUGCAUAUCAAGGUCUACCAACUCAUGCAUUGUCUUCUCAUGAGCUAGAUGAAGAGCCCCAAUUGUAUCCUAAUGUCAGUGGUAUUCAUUUUUUAUCCACACCCACUUCAAAGGCAAACUCUUUGACAAACACCAGAAAUCUAAGCAAUUUAUCUCUAAACGAGAUUAAAGAAAAUGAAGAAGUGCAACAGUUCAAUAAUGAAGAUUUCUUUUUUCACGAUAUUCCUAAAGAUGCAUCAUUAAAGGAAACUUCGAACGACUCGCCCAGUAGAGGUACUUCAAAGAGCCCCACCAUUACUCAAUCGUUCCCCUCAAUCGUUGUUGGACUUGAUAAUGAAUAUGACGAAGACAGUGACAAUGAUAACGAUAAUGAAAAGGGAGAACGACAGAUGCAGAUCAAGAGUAAAUCUAGAAACCUUUCACCCAUCAAACAAAAUGGUAAAUCAUCUACCCAUCCAAGAACAAAAGUACCUUUAAGAAGAGCUGCGUCCGAACCCAAUGGGUUGCAGCUCGUUUCUCCUACAUCACCGACUUCUUCAUCUUCAGCAAGGAAAACGUCUGCAUCCACUAAUAUAAACAAUAAAAACCCUGGUCAAUCAGUACUUCCUUCAAAUUCAUUUUUCCCCCAAGAGCCACCUCCCAAAAUCUCAGAUUUUCAAGAACCCAGGAGAUCACGACGUUUAAGAACUAAGUCUUUCAGCAAUAAAUUUCAAGAUAUCAUGGUGGGACCCCAAUCCUUUGAGAAAGUGAGGUUGUUGGGUCAAGGUGAUGUAGGUAAGGUCUUCUUGGUAAGAGAGAAAAAGACGAACAGAGUGUAUGCAUUGAAAGUCUUGAGCAAAGAUGAAAUGAUUAAAAGAAACAAGAUCAAGCGCGUUCUGACAGAACAAGAAAUUCUAGCUACCAGUAAUCACCCGUUUAUCGUCACGCUAUAUCAUUCGUUUCAAUCUGAAGAUUAUUUGUACCUUUGUAUGGAAUACUGCAUGGGUGGAGAAUUUUUCAGGGCUCUACAAACAAGGAAAACCAAAUGCAUCUGUGAAGACGAUGCCAGGUUUUAUGCUAGCGAAGUGACAGCAGCGCUAGAAUAUUUACACUUGUUGGGUUUUAUCUACAGGGAUUUGAAACCUGAGAAUAUUUUGUUGCAUCAAUCUGGCCACAUCAUGCUUUCUGACUUCGACUUGUCUAUUCAAGCCAAGGAUUCCAAGGUUCCUGUUGUCAAAGGCUCCGCACAAUCAACCCUUGUUGAUACCAAAAUAUGCUCGGAUGGGUUUAGGACUAAUUCCUUUGUGGGAACAGAGGAAUAUAUUGCGCCUGAGGUCAUAAGAGGCAAUGGUCACACCGCUGCGGUCGAUUGGUGGACGCUAGGAAUAUUGGUUUACGAAAUGUUAUUCGGUUUUACCCCAUUCAAAGGCGAUAAUACUAAUGAAACCUUUACUAACAUUUUGAAGAAUGAAGUUAGUUUUCCCAAUAAUAAUGAAAUUUCUAGAACUUGUAAGGAUUUAAUUAGAAAAUUACUCACCAAAAACGAAUCUAAAAGAUUGGGCUGCAAAAUGGGUGCAGCAGACGUGAAGAAACAUCCCUUUUUCAAGAAAGUUCAAUGGUCUUUGCUAAGAAAUCAAGAACCACCCCUGAUACCCGUGCUAUCUGAAGAUGGUUAUGAUUUUGCUAAAUUGUCCUCCAACAAGAAGAGACAGACAAGUCAAGACAACCAUAAUCAUCUCGACGAGCAAGAGAAAAACAUGUUUGAAGAACGGGUUGAGUACGAUGAUGAAGUCUCCGAAGAUGAUCCAUUCCAUGAUUUCAACUCAAUGAGUUUGAUGGAACAAGACAACAACUCAAUGAUUUACGGUAAUACAAAUUCUUAUGGGAAAAUUGCAUACACCCCAAAUUCCAAUAGAUCGAGGAGCAACAGUCAUAGGACUUUCUUCAAAAGAUGA